AUCCAACCGAAUUUCCAAACCCCUCUCCCUCUAUCCAGGAAGAGAGCAAAGCACACACUCAAAUGAAUAUGCUUUCCCCAAUCCACCAUCCCACUGCCUCAUUCCACUUCCUCCGGCCCUCAUUACCAAAACACGGAUAUUGUAGUUCAAGAGGUGGGUUAUGUGAUAUUGCAAGCAAAACAAGACCAAAGACAAUGAUUUUUGCGAGCCACGAAGGUAACCCAGAAGUGGGUCUUCAAGCCGGGGAGCGGCUUUAUCUUGGAAUGGAUUUUGGCACGUCUGGUGCAAGAUUUGCGCUCAUCGAUAAGCAAGGGACAAUUCACGCUGAAGGAAAGAGGGAAUAUCCGCUAUAUAAGAGCAAAGACGCAAUAGAUUGGAUACAUUCUUGGAAAUCAACACUUCUCUUGCUGCUUGAAGACGUUCCAUUUCAUCUUCGCCAGCUUAUUGCUUCCAUUUCCAUUGAUGGGACUUCUGCAACUACUAUAAUUAUAGACAGCACGACAGGAGAACCAUUGUGGAGACCUUUCCUCUACAAUGAGAGCUGUUCUGAUGCUUUACCGAAAGUAAAGUCUAUCGCUCCUGAAAACCAUACAGUUUGUGCUGGGUCCUCGACUCUGUGCAAGCUCGUCUCAUGGUGGAAUGUUUAUGAUUCAAAUAAAGAUUCUGCAGCAUUGUUGCAUCAAGCAGAUUGGCUGUUGUGGCUUCUUCAUGGAAAUCUUGGAGUGACCGAUUACAAUAAUGCUUUGAAGGUAGGCUAUGAUCCUGGACUUGACUCCUAUCCACCCUGGUUGCUCUCGCAGCCGUAUUCUAAACUUCUGCCUUCUGUCAAAGCUCCUGGAAGUCCAAUUGGCUCUUUAAAAGAGGACGUUAGAACACAAUAUAGUUUUCCAAAAGAUUGUGUUGUAUGCACUGGAACCACUGAUAGUAUAGCCGCCUUUCUUGCAGCUCGUGCAACACAACCAGGGAAAGCUGUCACUUCUUUGGGUUCAACCCUUGCUAUCAAAUUACUGAGCACCAGUAGGAUCGAGGAUGCACGAUAUGGGGUGUAUAGUCAUCGUCUGGAUGAUAAGUGGCUUGUUGGAGGUGCUUCAAAUACCGGUGGAGCUGUUCUUCGACAAAUUUUUACUGAUGAGCAGUUGGAGAACUUAAGUGAACAGAUUAAUCCCAUGAAAACCUCUCCACUAGACUACUACCCUCUGCCAACGGUUGGAGAGAGAUUUCCCAUGGCAGAUCCAAAGAUGGCUCCUAG